CGUGAGAAAUGAAAGGGAGAAUCUAGGAGAAUUAAGAAUGCCGUCCUUAGUAGCGUAUGGUUGCCGCAAUUUUACGCCUCUAAAACAGCUGGUGAGCUUCAGCCUCCCUCAUCGUCGCCCUCCUACUUCGCUCUUUGGCACCCUCUCCGCUCGUCUGAGUCUCUCGCCGUCUUCGACUCCGAACCCUAGAUUCUGCACGGGGAACUUUCUCUUAUUGCCGAUGGAGCAAUUAUGGACUAGAGGCGGUACUGAUAAGAAUAAAGGUCUAGUUGAGCAUUUGCAGCAGAAUGGGGUGAUCAGGUCCAAUAAGGUGGCAGAAGUGAUUGAGACUAUUGAUAGGGGAUUGUUCGUUCCUGAUGGGAUCCCAGCUUAUGUUGACACCCCUAUGCAGAUUGGGUAUAAUGCCACUAUAUCGGCACCUCAUAUGCAUGCCAUGUGCCUUGAAUUGUUGGAGAAUAAUUUGCAGCCAGGCAUGCAUGCAUUAGAUGUUGGUUCAGGGACUGGGUACUUAACUGCAUGCUUUGCAAUGAUGAUCGGACCACAAGGUCGUGCAGUGGGUGUAGAACAUAUUCCUGAGCUUGUUGCCACGUCCAUAAAAAAUAUCCAAAAGAGCCAAGCGGCAUCAUUACUGAAAGGAGGUUCCCUUUCCAUACAUGUUGGUGAUGGCAGGCUAGGUUGGCCAGAGUUUGCACCUUAUGAUGCUAUUCAUGUGGGAGCAGCCGCUGCAGACAUCCCACAACCACUUAUCGAUCAGUUAAAGCCUGGUGGCAGAAUGGUGAUUCCAGUUGGGAACAUUUUCCAGGAUUUGAAGGUAGUAGACAAGAAGCUUGAUGGCUCAGUCAGUGUCCGAACUGAAACUUCUGUCCGAUAUGUUCCGCUGACAAGUCGAGAAGCUCAACUGCGUGGUUAUUGAGAUGGACUUUGGGAAAGUUUAUUGACCCCACAGUAUCUGGCUGUGUGUUAUCAAAUGUUUGUCUUCCUUAGUAUCCAAUUAAAGCCUGUAAGUUCUGUAAGUUUGUACAUAUAUAUUAGGAUGGUAUAUCUACUUCCCACCAACUUCUCAGUUGUGGGUAGUUAAGAUCUGGUCCCUU